UGUAAGUGCUUUAUCGCACGAAUUUUUGUCCCUCCUUUUUCAUGGCGGAAGCGAUCUUCUGCGGUAAUGGUCCGGCAUGUUGAAAUUAACCAUACCUUUAAACAUCCAUUUGAGAAAGUGAUCAGUGCCUACUUUCAAAAGUACACAUGUGGUAAGGAUUCCAAUGUGACCUCCAUAACAGUACUGCAACACAAAACAGACCCAGAAACUGGAGAAGAAUAUAUGUUAAGGAGAGGAGAGUGUGUGAAUGUUUUGCCUGGUUUCUUUAAAAAGCUAUGUCCAUUCCCAGCAAUUCAAGUAGAAGAGGAGGCAUGGCUCAAUAGUAAGGAGAGAUGUCUUCGUCUUCAUAGUUAUAGCCUUACAUGGUCUAAAUAUGCGUCCCUGGAAGAGUUCAGCACUUUUAAAGCAUGUGAAAACAAUCCAAACUGGACAUCAUUUGAGCAGCGUGGUAGUAUCAGUGUUUAUGGUGUUGGCUCAUUUAUUGGAGGAAUGAUGGAAUCUUUUGGACAGUCAUUUCUUCAACGUGGAGCAAACAAGGGUUUUAACAUUAUGGAAGAUCUGAUAAUGACAAUGAGUGGAAGGUAUACAGAAGCAUGAAAGAGUCAGCCUUGACUAGAGCACAUAGAGUUUUAGUUCUGCUAAUCAAUUUUUUCUACAAUUUUUUUUAUGCUGAAAGAUUUUUUGAGUUCUCAUUAUGAAAUGAAAACAACCUGUUCAUUUUUAAUUAAGACAGCACAAUGGUGUGGAAAGUUCACACUGAGAUGUUACCGAGUAUUCUUUCAUUAGUUAGGGAACUUUUGUAAGGACCAAAAAGUCUCUGAUUGCUUUCAAGAUAGCAACGUUCAUUCUUGAACUUUUGAAGUCCUCAAUGUAAUAUAUUUACAGAUUAAAAAUGUAUGAUAUGAGGAAAAAAAAACAAAAUUGGUUGGUCCAAUUACAGGUUGUCAGUUAACUGUUGUUUGACCACUGAACUUUUGUUGAUGAUCAAUGAGUUUUAAACAAGGAUGAUUAUAGAUCACUACCUGCAUUUCUCUUGAGGGCUGUUGCAUAAAAUCUCUCCUUUGUUGAAACCUUCUUUGAAUGAAGGCAGACACCAAAAUUAAUUUUUAUUUUCUACACAAAACCAAAUUUAAGUGGAUGGCUUGAACAGAAAUUUGAGCUUUAUUGAGUUUUAAAAUGUUUAUUCCUGUAAAUAAUUUUGUUCAAUUUUUUUGUCUACCUGAAUUGGUCAUACUUGAAAUGUUGACUAGUCACUUUGUUCUAUUUGAGUUAUUAAUCAACCGAUGAUUACUUGUACAAUGACAGUAAACUAUUAUUUGGUAACACUCUAUAGGGAGUGAACACUUCCGAGAGUCCAGUUGGUACCCUUUUUUAGCACAGGUUUCAAUGUUUUGAGAAAUACAAUUUGCUACAAAAUUCAGCUCCUUUUCAGCUUCCCACUCUUGCAUUUUGGACCUCCUAUCUUCAAGUUUAUUCCUGAUGUGAAUUUUCUAUGGCUAUUUGUGGGUUUUUCGAUUUCAACCUCCACUAUAUUCAGAUGUUUCAAAAUCUGCACAAGACUACUUGGGAGUGGGGUCUCAUCAAAAGGGGUGAAAAACAUAAAUGUACUCUUCCUUUUGGCUCCUGGUCUUUCCCUGGCAUUCUAGCAUAUACAAAUAAACAUAGCUUUUGGAGAGGAUAUUUAAAAGAAGUGCUCAACUAAAUGAGUGAUUGUCAUAUAUGUUGGGAGAGGGGAAGACUCCAAUAAUAUGAGGCAAUGUCAAUGACUGGAAAUUGAGAUUUAAUUAAUUGAAGCAUGAUCAAUGCUCACUGGACAGAAGUGUCUGACCUGAGAAAACUAACCUUGCAAGCGAUAGGCAAUAGUUAAAUUUCAAACCAAU